ACAAAGUGGAUUGAUUUGCGUUAUUGAAUGAAUUCUUCAUUCAUUCAUUCAUAUUCAUAUUCAGUCAGCACCACCACCCUUUUACUUCGCUUUCCUCUUUCACAUGGCGCCCACUCAAACAAAACUCCACAAACCCCUUUCCUUUCUUUUCUAUCUAUUUCCCUAGCUAGCCUCUGAUUCUCUCUGUGUGUGUCAGUGUCACCGUAAAUUACUGCACUCAAAGUUAGGGCUUUUGUUCUCUUUUGGAUUGAAGGAAAAAGAAUCUGUCUUUCUUAGUUUUUGUGAUUGUUUCGGUUGUGAGUGGGUUUGGGAAUUUGGGUUUUUUUUCUGUGUGCUUGAUUGAAGAACAGAAAAAGAAGAUGAGUUGGCGGAGGGUGUUGAAGUCUGCGCAGGCACUUGCUGCACACACCUUUCUGUUGUGCUUCACUGUUUUGCUUGUUCUCAAGCUCGAUCACCGUCUCUAUUCAUCUUGGUGGAUAAUAUUUUUCCCUCUUUGGAUGUUUCAUGCUGUUGUGGCUCGAGGAAGGUUUUCACUACCAGCGCCAUCAGCCCCGCGUAAUCGAAAUUGGGCACCGUGCCAUGCCGUCGUUGCAAUGCCAUUGCUUAUUGCAUUUGAAUUGCUCCUUUGUAUAUAUCUUGAGAGCUUAUAUGUUCGUCACUUUCCAGCAGUCAAUCUGAAGAUUGUGUUCCUUCCCUUACUAAUAUUUGAAAUCAUCAUUCUCAUUGACAAUUUCAGAAUGUGUAGGGCUCUAAUGCCAGGAGAUGAAGAGAACAUGAGUGAUGAGGCGAUAUGGGAAACUCUUCCUCACUUUUGGGUUGCAAUCUCUAUGGUCUUCUUCAUUGCUGCUACAGUGUUCACACUCCUAAAACUUAGUGGUGAUGUAGGUGCUCUGGGCUGGUGGGACUUAUUUAUUAACUUUGCCAUUGCCGAGUGUUUUGCUUUUCUUGUAUGUACAAAGUGGUCUAAUCCGGUGAUUCAUAGAAAUCCAAGAGAAGCCAGUUCUUCUUCUACUACUGUUAGAUAUCUUGACUGGAACGGCGGUUUAGUUGUUUCUUCCGAGGAAAAUCAACAUCCAGAGAGAAUGUGUAGCCUGCAAGACAUAGGAGGCCAUUUCAUGAAAGUACCGAUUAUUAUAUUCCAGAUUCUUCUUUGUAUGUACUUGGAGGGGACACCUGCUUGUGCCAGAAAGAUACCUCUACUGAUACUUUUCUCUCCCCUUUUCACGCUGCAAGGUGCUGGUGUACUGUUAGCUGGAUCUAAGUUAGUGGAGAAACUUGUUUUGCUGCUAAACAGUGGAGCUGGUGGGGGAAUUUAUAUUAGAAUUUCUUCAACAGCUCAUGAUUGCUUGGGGUUCUUACACCAUGGUUCUAGGUUACUAGGUUGGUGGUCAAUUGAUGAAGGUAGUCGGGAAGAACAGGCACGCUUAUACCAAGAGGGAGCAUCUGGGUAUAAUACGUUCUGCGGGUAUCCACCUGAGAUUGUUAAGAAAAUGCCUAAAAAAGAUCUCGCUGAGGAGGUUUGGAGACUCCAGGCAGCUCUUGGUGAACAGACAGAAAUUACGAAAUACAGCCAGCAAGAGUAUGAAAGACUUCAAAAUGAAAAAGUGUUGUGUAGAGUUUGUUUCGAGGGAGAGAUAAGCGUUGUACUUCUCCCAUGCCGGCAUCACAUCCUUUGCAUCAAUUGCUCUGAGAAAUGCAAGAAUUGCCCGAUUUGCCGCGUCACCAUCGCAGAGCGGCUACCUGUGUAUGAUGUUUAGGUUCCAACUUGGCAAGCCUUUAUUUAUUUUAAUUUUUGGUGCAAGGCCAUAGAAGAAGAAAGAGGAUGACUAGGGUUGAGAAGACUGGUUUUAACAGGGUGAAUAUUUUGGUGCAGUUUUGGCAGUGAUAUUUUAAUUUCAAUGCCAACUUGUUGAUUUGUCUAAUUAAUACAGGUCCAUAGAGUAGGAAGAAUAGAGCUUGCAUUAAAUACAUGGGAUUUUGAGUUUGA